GGUGUCAGCUUUUAUUUUAGUCCGCAAAAGUUGGCGAACUGCUGGUAGUUUAUGAGUUCAGGAUCUGGGGUUUGUUCUGGUUUCAGUUUUUAUUUGCAAUGGAUGUCUCCUCUUACGAAUGAAGCCACAAGAAGGGAGAGAGGAGAUAUGCUGCGCGGAUGGCCUGAGCACGGGGACAGUUUUGUGCACUUCAAGGACACCGCCGAAAGAAAAGCGUGUGUUCCGAUGUAACUAUGCGGGUUGUGAUGCCGCUUUCCAAAAACCCAUUCGCCUGCAAUGGCAUUUGAAGGUCCACAACGGAGAUCGGCCAUAUAAAUGCAGCAUUCCUGGUUGUUCCAAAGCCUUUACUCGGCCUUAUCAUCGCACUCGUCAUGAAAGCAAGUCUCAUGGAGAUGAUCUCGAAGUUCCGGGGGAAUUCGCUUGCCCUGUCUCCAGUUGUGGAAAAUUUCUACAUACGAAGCAGCUUUUGGCGCGCCAUAUUAAGCGCCUGCAUGAAUCUCCGGGAUUUGUCUGUUCCAGAUGUGACAAGUGCUUCCGACAAAAGCACCAACUACGCUCCCAUGAAAUGGAGCACACCGGUGACUUGCCUUUUCUGUGCACAAAGGACGGAUGUGGAAAAGGUUUUCCGUCCAACAGCAAGCUUAUGCGCCACAUGAAAUUGCACGAUGGUUAUAUGUGCCCGGUGGAAGGAUGUGGAAAUUGUUUCUCGAAAUGGUCACUGCUGAGGAAGCACAAAGCAGCCGAACACAGGAAACUGCAUCGUUGCUCGCAUUGCGGAAAGAGUUUUGGACGGAAAGCGUUUUUGGAGGAGCAUCUGGAAACGCAUAAGAACGAGAGAUGUGCGGUGCAGUGUCCCGAUUGUGAAACUGUUUUGAUGUCGGAAAAAUCACUGAAAGUCCAUGAAAAACGGUGUCCAGCCAAGAAAGAAAAAUUGAUUUGUGGUUUUCCUGGAUGCGGUAAAAUUUAUACGAGAAAAAAUCAUUUUGAUAAACAUAAGGCAUUACAUGAUCUGGGCGAAAAGUUUAAGUUGGAAAUUGUUGGUAGUAACAGUACCGGUUAAAAUGUCUAUACAGUGUAUUCGUGACCAAGAAAGGAAUUGUGAUCACUUACUACUUCAAUGCUCACAAGGAUAUUAAGUGCUUAAUUUUGGUUUGUGACUUUGUAUGGAAGAAUUAUUAAUAAAUAAUUACAAGUA